CCCAGCUCCUCAGGGUGCUGAGGUCCAAUUGUAAGUAACUUAAAAACGAGAAAGCACAGGGCUGCAGUAAAACCUGUAAUCUGUUAUGGAGGCACAGGAGGGUAGCUCAGUUCCUGAAGUCCUUGGAGACUAGCUCUUGGCUUCUCCUUCCUAGAUUGUGCUGCUUGGGUUCCUGGCUGUUUUCCCAGCAGCACCCUGCAGGAAGAGACGAAAUGAGGGCAGAUGGCCAUGCCAGCCAUCUCUUAAAGGUGCCCCCUAAACCUAACGGAAUGCCUUACUUCAUCCUUCCAGCUAGAACUCAGUGGUGUGCUCCUUGCUACAUGCAGCUUGCCAUCAUCCACGUAAAGGUUCUUGUCUACCGCGCAGGUAUAGGAGGUUGGGUUUGGAGAGAAAGAUACCAGAGGGGUCAUUCAAACUGUCUAGCCUGGUGUUCAGUUCGGACUUGGUUUUCAGCCCCCUUUUCGGUCACUUACCACGUGAACCCUGGGAACCAGCCCAGCGCCGUCUUUUAUCCUUGGUCAGAGGGGUAGCCUCCAUCUCAGAAUCUCCUAACGCCGAAGACCUCACUGCUCAACCGCGAUUGCUGAAUUUUAGGCAAGAACGAUGGAUCAACCUAGUGGAAGAAGUUUUAUGCAAGUAUUAUGUGAAAAAUAUAGUCCUGAAAACUUUCCUUACCGCCGUGGUCCUGGGAUGGGAGUCCAUGUCCCAGCCACACCUCAGGGCUCUCCUAUGAAAGACCGCCUGAACCUCCCGAGUGUGCUGGUGCUGAACAGCUGUGGCAUUACCUGUGCCGGGGACGAGAGGGAGAUCGCCGCCUUCUGCGCUCACGUGUCGGAGCUAGACCUGUCCGACAACAGACUGGAAGACUGGCGCGAGGUCAGUAAAAUUGUGUCAAAUGUUCCCCAGUUGGAGUUUCUAAACCUGAGUUCCAACCCUCUGAAUUUGUCGGUUUUAGAAAGAACAUGUGCUGGGUCCUUCUCUGGGGUUCGCAAACUUGUACUCAACAACAGCAAAGCUUCAUGGGACACGGUCCACACGAUACUGCAGGAGUUACCAGAUUUGGAGGAGCUCUUCCUGUGCCUUAAUGACUAUGAAACAGUGUCUUGUCCUACCAUUUGCUGUCAUUCUCUUAAGCUGUUACAUAUAACAGACAACAACCUCCAAGACUGGACUGAAAUACGGAAGUUAGGAGUGAUGUUUCCUUCCCUGGAUACCCUCGUCCUGGCCAACAACCAUUUGAAUGCUAUUGAGGAGCCUGAUGAUUCAUUGGCCAGGUUGUUUCCGAAUCUGCGAUCCAUCAGCCUCCACAAGUCAGGUUUGCAAUCCUGGGAAGACAUAGACAAGCUCAAUUCAUUCCCCAAACUUGAGGAAGUGAGAUUAUUAGGAAUUCCUCUUCUGCAGCCAUAUACCACCGAGGAACGAAGGAAAUUGGUAAUAGCCAGAUUACCAUCAGUUUCCAAACUUAAUGGCAGCGUUGUUACCGAUGGUGAGCGAGAAGAUUCUGAGAGAUUUUUUAUUCGUUAUUAUGUGGAUGUUCCACAGGAAGAAGUGCCAUUCAGGUAUCAUGAACUGAUCACAAAAUAUGGGAAGUUGGAGCCUUUGGCAGAAGUGGACCUAAGGCCCCAGAGCAGUGCAAAAGUAGAAGUCCACUUCAACGACCAGGUGGAAGAAAUGAGCAUUCGUCUGGACCAAACAGUUGCAGAACUAAAGAAACAAUUAAAAACUCUAGUGCAAUUACCCACGAGCAACAUGCUUCUCUACUAUUUUGACCACGAAGCGCCCUUUGGCCCAGAGGAAAUGAAAUAUAGCUCUCGUGCUUUGCAUUCCUUUGGUAUUCGGGAUGGAGAUAAAAUUUAUGUGGAAUCCAAAACAAAAUAACCUCUACCUGCCUUGUAAAACAUAUACACAAGGACUUCUUGCAGGGCAUUGGUUUCCAAUGUGGUUUUCUUUAGGAAGGAUAAGGUUGUUUUUGUUGUGUUAUGUUUCAUUUCAUUUAGGUUUGGGAGGGGUUUUGUAUAUGUUUUUUUUCCCCCUAGAAUGGGUAGGGGACGUUUUGGUAUUUUCUACUGCAGAUUUCUUCAGCUCAGCCAGCAGAAUUGGCCGCAUCUCCAGCCUACGUGCCCUCUCUCAUGCAAGAUGACCGAGAAAUCACCGACUUCUUACUGUGUUCACUGGCUGUGUCUGCCACUUGGUUCUUGUUGCCGUUAGGUAUGCUUGUAAAAAUGGCGCGACUAGUACAGCCCCUCAGAAGGGCAUCUGCUGGUGUUUCAGCCAGGAGACAAGGACCCUUCCGGGAAGGGCCAGCACUUCUCUCUCCUGGUUCUUCUUUUCUGCUUUCCUCUCCCUCCUUGCCUUUUUUGGUUCUUUUUAUUUUUAUUUUAUUUUUUUUUUAACGUUGAUGUACAUCUUCACAUGUUUACCUAAGUUUUAUCCUGUUUAUAGUUAACUCCUUGUUUCUCAUCUUGAGUGAUUUUUUGCUUUUCAUUUUUCCCUUUUGAAAUAAUUUUAAAUGGUUUCAUCAUUUUCCACCUGAUUCUGAUCUCAGGUACUCAGUAAGAAGCUAUGACCCUGUUAGGGUCUUGAAGGACAGUACAGGAAGAGGUGAAGGUCGGAAAGCUCGCUGUCCUGCUGGGAGCACAGCAGAGCAGCCCGAUCUGUGUGACUGCUGGCUCACUUCUCACAUCCCUCAUACGUUACGUCCGGCCUCCUCCCAUCACAUGACAAUGUCACACCCUGAAGUUCUUUCUUUUUUGCUUACUGAAUAUACUUCCUCCUGUUUGUUUCUUCCAUUACCUUGAACUACUGAGAAUAGAGGCCUGACUUUAUCACAAAUCUAAUAGUGUUCUGGGUCUGCAGGCCACGGCACGUGAGCAUUGACCCAUAAACUGUCUGCGGGGUGUGGGCAUGAACUGGGGGAGCACGGGAAGGAGCGCAGCAGCUCUCCUGCCCGCGUCACCACCUGGAGCCUUGCUGUUGCACUUCACGUUCAGAGUGGGGAAUUUUCAUCUAAGGGGGCUUCGAUUCCCAGUUCUUCCCUGGGCUUUUGUGACAGCAUAUAAAUGGAACAAUUCUUUUUGCUUUAAUUUAAUUUGCAUUUCAAUUUAAUUGCCCCUAUAGAAGAACGACUCUGCCUAAUCUAUGAGUAAAGUUUUAAGUAUCAAAACUUCAGAACUGCCUCCAAGUCAUAUUUUUUUUUCAAAAGCUUAUUUAAAGCACUUACCUUUUAAAAGCAAUUUCCUUACCUGCUCUGAAAUCCUUUCGUUUGUUCUCUUUCCUGCCUUCAUCAGAUGUAAUCCGUUUCUUUAAUCCAUAUCUUUCUUGGUCCACCAUGUGGACAGGUGGGAGACUUGAGAAACACGUAGCGUAACUAGGGUGGAAGGUGUGUAGGAGGAGUAUUUUUCAAAGAAUGCAAUUAUUACGUGAUUGCACUUGACCUUUUGACCUUUGUUACAGGACACUACCCCUCCUACAAACUUAAUUUCUUACGAAAUUUUUAGACAAUUCUUGUAAAUUCUUAAAGUGUGGAGGGUCAUGUUUAUUAUUGCUACUUUUUCCAUUUUCCUAUGCCUUGCGGCAGGCGUUUAUUCUCUUAAUGCACUUGAGGCUCAGUAUCUGCGAAGCCUGUGACCCAGGCCUACUGGGUCGAAUCUACAUUCACUGUAACGUUAAAGGUGGAAACCAAAGGGUUUGAGGAAGAUGAAUGCAGCCUCUUCUCCUUCUGCUGCACACUUUCUCUUUCGAAAUCAUAAAAAUGAGCAAUGGAGAUCCAGUCUGGGUAUAGACAAGAAUAAUUAUUUUGUGAUCACAUUUCUCUGACAGAUUUUUGCAAGUGGGAAAAAAGUGUGGCAACAGUGUCAUGGAGAUGAAGACUGCGGGUGCUUUGUGUACGCACGCGUGAGUGCAGCCGAGUUGGAGCGCGAGACGGUGUAAUUGAGCCUUUGCUUUUGUCAGCCUGGGAGACAGAUGCACGCUUAUUUUUUGAAAUUGUGUGACCCUCGACUGUCCCACAGCAGAAGGCAGAACCGACACUUAUGCUUUAACCAUAAGUGGAAUGGUCACAAUUAAUAAGAUAUUUUAUAUAUGACAAAGUUUUAUGAAAUGCUUUUUUACUAUUAGAGACCUGUUUCUGUUAUUACAGGACACAGUGUUUAUCAAUUGCAGGCUUAAUUCUUUUAUUAUACAGUUGCAUGUAAAGGGAACUUCUCAUUUAAUUCAACAGCCAUGGGUAUUUUUAGGGCAUUGUAAUUGAUGGUUUUAACCAUUGCUGAAUAAUUUUUGUUUAAGGAAAAAAAUCUCAACAGUUACUGGACUUUUAGAGUUAACAAAGUUAAUGAGAAAAGCUCUUUGAGUAGGUGUACUUACAGAUUCGUUUGGGUGGCUGGGUAAAGAUGCUGCUUUUUGAAAUAAAAUUGGUGCUGUGUAGACACUUGUAACCAAAAUUAUUUUUAUCACAGGCCUAAAAGAAGGAGAGAUGGGCUGUGGACCUCUGAGUGUACAGUCAUGCGUGACUGGCUGUCCGCAGCUUGCCCGUAUUUUAACAUUGACUUUGUCCAGUUUCACUGAGAGCAUGUUAUUGACAUUUAUGAGGCAAAAUGCUUUCCUAGCCAGUAUUACUGAUGUGUUCCUCUAGGACAGUGUGUAGAACAUAUCUUUUAUGAAGUGCAAGUUCUUUUCAGUUAGGAGAGAGGAAAGGCAUCAUGAAAGAAAGCCAAAUCAAAACCAAGGGGUUGUUUCUACACGCGGAUCCAUAACUGUUGAAGCCACCGUGUAAAUCAGGUUUUGAAUCUGAUUGUUGAGCUGUCCUACAAUGCUUGAAAGAAAAUAAACAUACAGAGUCACAUGCCUUC